AUGCCAUCCUUUUGGGAAAAGGUUCAGGUUGAUGGGCAAGACAUGGAUAUGUACGCCAGCGUUCCCUCUGGCGCUGGGCCAUUCAACGCCAUUGUCGUCAGCCAGCAUGGUGGUGGCGUGGAUCGCUUUAUCCAGACCAUGUGUGACAGGUUCGCCGAAGCGGGCUAUGCCGCCGUUGCGCCAAAUUUGUACCACAGAAUACCCGACGAGGUGUUAAACGGUGAUCCCAGGCCUCGUCCCUGGGACGUACUUAGCGAUCCUGACAUCGUCGCCGACAUCAACGCGACCGUCGACUUUUUGCGUAACCAUCCGGCAAUUGACGGCGAAAAGCUUGGCAUUACCGGGUUCUGCAUGGGCGGGCGAGUUGCCUGGCUGGGUGCUGCAUCCAACCCUCAUUUCAAGGCAUUGGCGCCCUAUUAUGGCGGCAACCUGUUGGUUCCCUGGGGCGCUGGGACGAAGCCCCCCUUUGAAAUGGCGGCGAACAUUGACUGUCCUGUCCUUUUCCAUUUUGGCGAGGUGGACGAGAAUCCUUCGCAGGACGACAUGCGGAAGUUUGACGCCGAAUUGACCAGUCUGGGUAAGGCGCACCAGUUUUAUACCUACCCCAGGCGCCAACCACGCCUUCAUGGACUUUACGACUGA